AGGGCGGGGCGUCGCGCGGGCGGGGCGGGGCCGGCGCACCCGGAAGCGGCGCCCGGGGCCGAGCGGCCCUGGCAGGCGGCGGCGGCGGCGUCCGCGUCCGCCCGGUCGCGAAGGAAGAAGCUGAGGAGGGCUGAGCUUCGAUGCGUUCCCUCUGGCCCUGACCUCUAUAGAGACAAUUCCCGGGAAACCGAUGGGAUUGAAGACCGCGGCGCUUGCCUGCGUCUCGGGAACGGAGGUCAGGCCAGCGAUUACCCCCUUGCAAGAAUUCGGUGUUUUGCCGUCCCCGCGGCUGGCCGGGAGCACCGCCUCUGCUUGGCCGCCCUUCCGACGGCAGCGCGCGUCGCGAGCGGUCCUCUCUGCCGGAGCGAGGAGAGCGCGUGAAAAUAGGUUCCCCGGGGGUCCCCGCUUUGGAGACGCAGGGAGCUGCCGACUGCCUUCUGCUGGUGGGAAAGCUGAAAACGCGGAGCAUGACGGAGUCACGGAUCAGGCGGCUUGCCACGACGUUGAUGGAUGCCACGACAGACAAGGACCUGCUGGUCCAGGAGCAGAUCUACAAUGCGCUGUGCUACCUGGGGGAAUCGGAGCCGGAGGAGAUCCUCCAUGCCUGCGACGAGUACCUCCGGCAGCACGACAAGCUGGCCUAUCCUCACCGGGUGAUAAUCCUGAAGGCGAUGGAGACGGUGGUAAAGAAUAACAUUGCCUUUUUGGACAAAAGCACGGCGAAGGUGGUUAUCUUUCUGGCAUCUAAUGAAAUGACCAAGUCAAAGGAAGUGGUCCGUGACUGGCAGCAGGCCGCCAGCAGCGUCCUCGUGGCGGUGGGGCAGCGCUUCAUCAACAAGGUGAUGGAGGAGGUGCUCACCAAGUUUCAGCCGGGGAUCCUGCCGCACUAUUUCAUCAUGCAGACUUUCGCCAACCUCUCCGUGUCGAACGUGUUUGGAAUGGUGCCUUUCCUAAACUCCAUCCUCGGGACGAUGCUGCCGAUGCUGGGAAUGGCCAAACAGGACCACAUGAAGUCCGUGUUCUGCUACGCUCUGCAGCACUUCAGCGAGAGCAUCCAGGAAUACUUGGCCAACUUGGACAAGGCCCCGGACCCGACGGUCAGGAAGGACACCUUCUCGAAUGAGAUUUUCAGCGCGUACGAAGUGCUCUUCAACAGCUGGCUGCAGCACCGGGAAGCCAAGCUGAGGCUGGCGGUGGUGGAGGCCAUUGGACCUAUGAGUUACUUGAUGCCCAGCGAAAAGCUCGAGGAGCAGCUCCCUAAGCUGAUCCCAGGCAUUCUUGCCCUCUACAAGAAGCACGCGGAGGCCUUCUACAUAUCCAAGAGCCUCUGCCAGAUCCUGGAAGCUUCUGUCAACAUCGGCAGCCGCAGCCUUGACAUGCAGCUGGACUCUCUGCUGGGCACCCUGCACCCCCAGAUCUGUGCUCCUGCGGAUCCAUCCAUCCCUCUGACGGUUAAAAAUCACACGGAGGUUCUCCGGUGCUUCACUGUCCUCGCUUGUUCGUUCCCGGACCGCGUGCUGGCCUUCCUGCUCCCGAAGCUGGAGAGCAGCAACGAGAGGACCCGCGUGGGGACACUCCUCAUCAUGAGGCAGAUCAUCAACAGCGCCUCCUCUCAAAUGGAGAUCAAAAAGCCCUUUAUUCUUGCAUCUAUGAAGCUUCCUCUGCAAGACAGCAACAAUAAGGUGAAGCGGGCGGUGGUGCAGGUGAUCAGCGCCAUGGCUCACCACGGCUAUCUGGAGCAGGCCGGGGGCGAGGUGAUGCUGGAGUACCUCAUCCGCCAGUGCGCGCUCCCCUCGGACGCGAAAGCGCAUCUAGGUGGGAUAAAACUCCUAAAGAAAGGUACCCAGGAGGGCCUAGGCAAGUCUCCCGCUGUAGCGCGGCCAGCCCAUGCCUGUAACUGCGUGUGUGUCUCGGGCUCCCUGCAGCCCCGGCGUGGGCAGAUCCGUGGUGGAGGCAGCUACGGACUCCAGCAGCCCAAAAAGCAGCUGCCAGAUGCCGAUGACUUCACCAGCAACAGCGUCCAGAGCAUCAGCGUCAACACGCUCUUUCUCCUCAGCACGACUGUCGACAGGAUGAGCAACGUGCUGUGGCCGUACCUCCUGGAGUUUGUGACCCCGGUCCAGUUCACCAACGCCUUGACUCCCCUCUGCAAAAGCCUCAUGUAUUUGGCAAUGAAGAAGCAAGAGGAGGGAGAAAACGCGUCCCUUAUCCGUUACGACCUGAAUGCAAAUCUUCCUUCGCCCUAUGCUAUAACUACAAGACUGCUGGUUGUAUCUUCGCAGCCGCACGUAGGAGACUGCCGGGGGGCAGCCGCCCUGCGCCUGUUGAACGUGUUGCACUAUAGUGUCCACCCUGCACUCGACCAGCUUUGGAGCAAGAAGGUUCCUCCCUUAGUGGAGUAUAUCGAAGAGAACACAGAGAAAUCCCUGUGCCAGAAGGAAUGGGAAGAGAAGCUGCUCCUGUUCCUCCAGGAGACGCUGACAGCUGUGUCUGACAACGCGUGGAUUUGCCAGUUCAGCACGGAGAUGUGCAAACAGCUGAACAGCUACAACGGCUUUCCGCUGGAGAAGAACUUCCUCUAUAAAUGCAUCGGAACGACUCUUGGGGCGUGCGUAAGCAAAGACCUUGUGCAAAAGCAACUUCAGGAGCUCCUUGAAACAGCCAGAUACCACGAGGAGGCAGAACGAGAGGGACUUGCUUCCUGCUUUGGGAUAUGUGCAAUCAAUCACCUGGAAGAAACCCUUGCCAAGCUGGAAGACUUUGUUAGGUCUGAUAUCUUCAAGAAAUCUGUGGGACUGUUCAGUAUCUUCAAGGACCGCAGUGACAAUGAAGUGGAGAAGAUAAAAAGCACACUGAUCCUGUGCUACGGAUACGUAGCUGUAUAUGCACCCAAGGAGCUCGUGCUCUCCAGGAUCGAAGCGGACAUCCUGAAGAACGUCUUCCAGUACUUCAACACCAAGGUUCUGGGAAUAAAGGUAGAAACCAAGGACCUGACCCUGAAGCUGUGCCUCAUCCGGAGCAUCUGCAUGAUCAGCCAAGCCAUCUACAACGGUGUAAAAUGUGGGGAUUUCGUCUUUUCCCGCAAAGCUGAGCUCGUGGCCCAGAUGGUGGAGUUCAUAAAAGCAGAACCGCUGGACUCUAUGCGGACGCCAGUCCGUCAGCGGGCAAUGAUCACCUGCACUUACCUGGUCGUCCUGGAGCCGCAUCUCAGCGACCCGGACAGGACGGAGCUGAUCGAUACCUGCCUCGCUAGCGUGCUGGCCCUCCCACCGCUGGACUCCGCGAGGGAGAGGGACGGAGGCGUAACGGAUGCCUGGCACAAGGAGCUACUGUAUGGUGACACCAUCAGUGCCCUCAAAGACCUGCUGAAGAGUCUCCUGCAGAGGAACUUGACCCCUCAUGGGCUGCAGGACAUGUUUGCGCAUUUAGGCCCCUGGAUCAAAUCUAGCAAAGAACACGAGCGCCAGCGAGCUGUGGAGGUCAGCGCUGCCUUGCUGGACUUCUACCUGGGCAAACUGAACGUCAGCACCGUCAUCCCCUUCUACAACCUCGGCGUGCUCAUCGCGCUCUUCUCCCCGCGGUGCUCGGACUCCCUCGCCAGCGUUCGCCAGUACGCUGUCGACUGCGUCUACUGCCUGCUCUAUAUACAGCUGUGCUACGAAGGGUUUGCCCGGGAUCACAGAGAUGAGAUGGUGGAGGGGCUGAAAGCUCUGAAGAAGGGCCUGGAGGAGCCCGACUUCACUGUUCUCUUCCACACCUGCAACAACAUCGCCAUGGUGAUUGGGAAGCGCGUCCCCCCCGACCAGCUGAUGAGUCUCCUGCUGGCCAUGUUCGAGGGGCUGGUGGACCCCGAUAAGAACUGCUCCCGCGCAGCCACGGUCAUGAUCAACGCCCUGCUCAAGGAGCGCGGAGGCGUGCUGCAGGAGAAGGUGCCCGACAUCAUGAGCAUCAUCCACAGCAAGCUGCAGGAGGUGGACGAGGAGCACGUCCGGAAAGCGGCCCAGCAGACCGUUUACAUCCUGGCCUCCCAGCACAAGAGCGUGGUGGUGUCCAGCCUUCUAGGCAGCUCGCUGCCGUUUGAUAGCCACACGUGCACCAUGUGGAGGUCCCUGGCCACGGAGCCAACGCUCACCGCGCAGAUCUUGGAGCAGCUCCUGGAAAAGGUGAACAGGGACGUGCCCUACAAGGAGAGCAAAUCCUUCCUCCUGGGCAGCAGCUCGGAGCGCGUGGCGACGCCUCUGCCUCUGGCGGCCACAUGUGCGCUGCAUGAGAUCAUGUCUGCUCCCGAGUCUGGGGCAGCGGUGCUGGGACUCUACCCGCGGUUGUUUGUGACUCUCCUGCUGCGAGUCAGCUGCACCGUGGGUGUUCAGCUCCCGAAGAACCUGCAGAGCCGCGAGAGGAGGAGCGCCGGCCCCGGCGCGGCCCCCCGCAGCCUCGAGCCCUGCAGCCGCGCCGUGGAGACGCUGCAAGCCAUGCUGGCCCGCGGCGGCAGCGAGGAGGUGGCCCGGGCCGUGGGCAGCGCCGGGGGCUGGGAGCUGAUGGGCAGCGCCGAGCGGCACCACGACGGCAUCGCCGUGCUCGCCAGCGCGAUGGCGCGGCACGCCGGCCCCAGGCUGCCCCUGAUCGUGAAGGACCUCAUCCCCGUGCUGAGCAGCGUGUUGGACAACCAGCGGGUCACCGCCACGGCCUUCCUCGCCGAGCUUCUCAAUAGCAACGUGGUGAAUGACCUGAUCCUGCUGGAGACCAUGAUGGACAACAUGACGGGCAGGCAGAAGGACUCCUGCAUCUUGGUGCGCAUGCUGGCCCUCCGAGGGCUGGGCAACAUCUCCUCCGGGGCGCCAGAAAAGGUGAGGAAGCACGGGGCCAAGCUCCUGGCCUCCAUGGUCAACGGCAUGGACGACAAGGACGAUCCCCACAACCUGGUUGCACUGGAGGCCAUGUCCAGUCUCUCCAAGCUCCUGGAUCACGUGGAGGAGAGAGAUAUCCAGUCCAUGCUGCUCCACAUCGCGAUCAGGAUCCGGCCCUUCUUCGACAGCGAGCAGCCCGACCUCCGCAAGUCAUCCAUCGUGCUCUUUGGCAACCUGACCAAAUUCAGCGAAGGCAACUGCGAGGUCUUCUUCGAGCAGAUCCUCAAUGGGCUGGUGACGCUGCUGCUCCAUCUCCAGGACCCGAAGCCGGAGGUGGUCAAAGCCUGCAAGUUUGCUCUGCGCAUGUGUGGCCCCAGCAUGGGCUGCGAGGGGCUCUGCGACAUGUUCCUCAACCACCUGCGGGAGGACCGGAGCCUGCACUACGGGGAGUUCAUGAACAACGUCUGCAAGCACCUGAUGCAGAGCUACCCAGAGAUGCUGAAUCGCCUCAUUUCGACCAACCUGUUCUAUUUCAAGAGCAGCUGGGUUGACAUCAGAGCAGCUGCGCCCAUGUUCAUUGGCUUUCUCGUUCUGCACGUGGAUGAAGACCACUGUCAGCAAGUGGACCUGGACCAACUCAUUUCCUCUCUCAACCUGCUGCUGAAGGACCCGGCGCCUGCCGUGCGCGUGAAGGUGGCGGAGACGCUGGGCCGCCUCGUCCGCAUCCUGUGAGCCGCGGGGCGCCCGGCUCCGCCGCAGCCACGCUGGGACGCGCUGCUCGCCGCCCUGCCCCGGCCACCGCCACGUCUUCCCGCGCCCAGCGCCCGGCCCGGGCCCCCCUGCCGCCUCCCCUGCUCCCCGGCCCGGGGCUCCGCCGGCUCCCGCACCGGCGGCUGGGGACGCCGUGGGACGGGGACCAUGCUGCUGCCUGGGGCCCCCGGUGCUGCUCGGUGAACGUGACCAUCCUCUGCCUCCAAGGGACUGUACAUAAACUAUUUUUAAAUAAAGCUCUUUGCUCCUCA